GGCGUUCAGGAAAACAGGAUACUAAAUAGGUACGAUAAAUAUUAAUGAGAUUGCUGAUGUCACGAGAAAACGGGGUUCCGCCGCCCCCCGCCCCCCACCCCAAAGAGCCAUUUGCUGGAAGGGAAGAAAGAAGGAAGGCCGAAGAGAUGGAGAAGCGCCCAAGGGAGCCGUGGCGCCAGCGACAGAAAGGGGGUGCUCCGAGCCCGGGAAAGGCCCGCGCGGCUUGAUCGCUGCGCGCACCGGGUCGUGCUGCGGGAGGCCGGCAGGGGGAGGACCUUCCCAGCGUUGGUUGCCUCGACGAGACCGGAGUGCGAGCGGUGGGCAGAGGUGGAAGGGCCAGCCCAGCGUUUUGUGCAGUUCCUGAAUCUUCCACAUCAGGCGGCCGCUUUCUUCGCAGGUCUCCGGCGCGUUUGUGCAAAGGAGCCGCAGUCUCUGGAGGAAGCCCCUCGGUUCAGAGCAUCGCUUUGGAUCCUCCCCACUUUCGCUCCCCCCCCCCCCGGCUUUGCCAUUAGACUCUCCUUUUUCUUCCUUUCCCCCCUCCGCCCCCCGCGGUGUGUUUUGUUGUAAAGCGGGGAGAGGCAACCGGUUUGGAGGUGUCGGGGAGGAUGGUGAAGAUGAUGAUGUGGAAGAGAUGGAGAUGAAGCCGAAUAUGCGGAUCCGGGGACUCCUGUUGCUGCUACUGCCGCCACUAUGGGCUGUGCUGCUCCGGGACGUCGCGGCUGUAACAGAGAAGGGAGGUUGCUUUCUUCUAGGCACAAAAGAUACUGGAAUGCCAAUCAAGCUGAAAGUAUCACAGGGGCAGCCUGUGAAACUGAACUGCAGCCUCGAAGGAAUGGAAGACCCAGAGAUGCUGUGGAUCAAGGAUGGAGCUGUGGUCCAGAGCGUAGACCAGGUGUACAUUCCAGUAGAUGAAGAACACUGGAUUGGAUUCCUCAGCUUGAAAUCCGUAGAUCGAGCAGACUCAGGAAAAUACUGGUGCCAAAUUGAGACCAAAGGGAAGAAAAAAGAAUCACAGCAAGUGUGGCUCAUUGUGGAAGGCGUUCCCUACUUCACCAGUGAGCCUGAAGAUCUGUCUGUUGUCCCUAAUGCUCCCUUUCAUAUGACCUGUGCUGCAGCUGGUCCACCUGAGCCAGUUACAAUUGUCUGGUGGAUGGGCGAUUCCAGAGUUGGGCAUCCUGACAUCUCCCCCUCCAUUCUCAAUGUGUCAGGUAUUAAUCAAAGCACAGUUUUCUCUUGUGAAGCCCACAACAUAAAAGGACUGUCUUCAUCUCGGACGGCCACUGUGCAAAUAAAAGCUGUCCCCUUUCCACCUCUCAAUGUGACUGUAUCCCGAAUCACCAGCAACAAUGCCAGUGUCACUUGGGUGCCUGGAUUCGAUGGCCUUUCCCCACUUCGUUCUUGUACAGUUCAGGUGGCUGAGCCACAAGAAGAGGAGGAAGUUUCCAUGGAAGUUGUCCCUGUCCCAUCCUUUACCUGUGGUUUACCUGGUUUAAAGCACUCGACCAAUUAUAGUGCCCGGGUCAAAUGUACAAAUGAAAUAGGGAGUUCAUCUUUUACAGACUGGGUCUAUUUUCAGACCUUGGGUUUAGCUCCAAAUAGUAUUCCACAAAAUGUGCAUGUCAUCCAGAGAGAUUCCUGUUUGAUUUUGGAAUGGGAAACAGUGGCUCCAGAAGUGCUUAGAGAUGGUGCUGUAGGAUAUAAGUUGGAAUGGAUUCAAGAUAACAUAACACAGGGGGAAAUGGUUGUACAGGAGACAAAAGCUAACCUUACUAUGUGGAAUCCCCUAAAAGAUCUUAUCAUAAGAGUGUGCAUGCUCAACCUGGCUGGUUGUGGACCUUGGAGUGAGCCUUUACUGGUUACAGCCCAAGAUUUAAUAGGAGGACAGAGACAAGUUCGCUAUGGUACAUCCUGGGUCCCAGUGGUACUAGGAAUUCUUACUGCACUUGUUACAACUGUUGCCUUGGCACUAAUCCUCUUACGGAAAAGAAGAAAAGAAACUCAUUUUGGUCAUGCUUUUGGCAGCAUGGUGGGAGGGGAUCCUGUGGUCCAUUUCAGAGCAGUGCGAUCUUUCAACAGAGAAGGUCCAGAGCUUAUCGAGGCAACAUUGGACAGUAUAGGAAUCAGUGAUGACUUGAAGACCAAACUGAAGGAUGUCCUGAUCCAGGAGCAGCAGUUUACUCUGGGAAGAAUGCUAGGCAAGGGUGAGUCACAAGUCAAGAACCUGCCUCUUCAGACUCUUUUAAAGUUUAUGAUCGAUAUUGCCAGUGGCAUGGAGUACCUGAGCUCCAAAAACUUCAUUCACAGGGACUUAGCAGCUCGGAACUGCAUGCUGGAUGAAAAUAUGAACGUGUGUGUUGCUGAUUUUGGCCUCUCAAAGAAAAUCUACAGUGGAGAUUAUUACCGUCAGGGUUGUGCUUCUAAGCUACCAGUGAAGUGGCUUGCACUAGAAAGCCUGGCAGACAAUCUCUACACAACACACAGCGAUGUGUGGGCAUUUGGUGUGACUAUGUGGGAAAUCGUGACUCGAGGGCAAACUCCUUAUGCAGGCAUUGAGAAUGCAGAAAUUUACAACUACCUCAUCAGUGGAAACAGACUGAAGCAACCGCCAGAGUGCCUGGAAGAUGUCUACGAUCUCAUGUGCAGAUGCUGGCAAUCAGAACCCAAGCUACGCCCAAGCUUUGGAGCCCUGAAAUUACAACUGGAAAUGAUCCUGGCCAGACUGACAUUGCUCUCUUCCAGCCAGGAUCCUCUGUAUGUCAACAUCAGGAAGCCACAAGAAGCUUCUAGGAAAACUCCCACAACUGACUGUCCCUUUGGAACUUCAGACAGAGAAGUGGACAUUGCAGGAGCAGUGGACAUUGCAGGAGCAGCUGCUGCGGUCACUAGUGACUAUCGUUACAUCUUGAGCCCCUUGUGCCUUGGGAAUGAUGGUGAAAGAGAAGGACACCCAGAUGGAUUAGAAGGGGAGGCCAGGAGCCUUCUUUAUGAUUUGGAGAUGGGAGCAAAACCAUGUUAGUUUGAAAGAAAAAAGACAUUUUUGACUCCUCCAAUAAGAUGGUUUUUUUCUAUGGUGACAUGGCACCACUUUAUAUAAAACAGUUUGAAGCAGCAUAGGUAGCUAUCAUGUGGGCUCAUUCUGUAGCUGCCUACAGCUGUUUGGUUGUUAUGGCUGAUAUUCAAAAGGGUUGUGAGUUCUUCUGACCAUUUCUUGGCCUUCUGAUGGGAGGCUCAACAGUGAAAGCCCCCAGCUAUUACAGCCAGUGAAUGCUAAUUUGUUCACAGAUUUCUCACCAAGUACCGGAGUCAAGUGGGAUGAUAGUCAGUAUUCUGUUUCUUGUAGGAUUUUUUCCCCCAGCUCUAGGCAAACAAGAUUGGGACCAGAAUAUCUGGAAAUUAUUAUCUGGCAGGUAUUCAUAUUGAUUUAUAUUCUCCUUCAGGGCAUGGGGGGAGCCUCCCUUAGCAGUACUGCCUAGCCCUCUUGUCUACCUCAGUGGUUCUGAAACAAUGGGAUCUGUAUGGCUGUUUCUGUACAAUGAAGAAACAUUCUGCUCUUUUCUCAGUGGUGUUUUGUGGAAGGAAUAGGUGUCCUCCAGCCUUACUAAACAACAAAAUGUCAGCCCCACACUCCACAGGGUUUGCACAUCCUCACUUUCUGUACUUUACCUUUGACAUAGAAUUGGUUUUGAUGAAAUCUGCCAUUGAGAGCAAAAUUGUGAGUGUGUCAAAUGCAGGUGAUCAUUAACCAAGAUCCAAAUAGAUUCUAAAAUAACAGGGGAGAUAAAACUGGCACUGUGUGGAAUAAAUUGAUAACUAAAUAAUGUAAAGCAAAAUGAAUAUGCAAAAAGAGGUCUGUAGUGAGUUUAGGAAACAGCAUUAUCGUAAAAACAUUUCCUUAUUUUCUUUUUUGUUGGUCUGUCCUGCUGCCUUGGUAAACUGACAUCAUGAGAAAAAUCAGAUGCCAAUGAGAUGCUUUCUCCAUGAAGAAACGGUUUGAGAAUCACUGGUUUUCCAGAUUAGAGGCUCCUCCGGCAUUCUGUGCUUUAUAACAUAAUGUCACCUAUUUUGGGCAACAUUCCAAAGUGAUAGCUCUAAUUUUUAAGUUCUAAUUUUUCAGAUCAACCCAUGUGGUGAACUGGAAAUAACUCAUGCUUUUUUAAAAAAAAAUUACAUGUGCAAAUUAAUGUUUUCCUACAGCUGUUUCUAACAUAGAACAUGACACCUUCAUUGCCAUGUCUUCAGCCUGCCUGGGGGACUGCACAGACACAGGGCAGUUGCAGAGAUCUGAACAAAAGACUUCUAGAAGCUUUUGAGCGCUUGGCUCAUUCUCUCCUCUCCCUUCUGGAGCCAAGAGUGGGCUGAUUUCCCACCCAGUCACAUGAAAGUGAGCAGACAGAGUAUUCCUCCCCCAGUUCUCUCUUUGCCAUCAUGGAGAGAUGACCUGCUUUGCUGGGCGCUUUAGUUUUACCUCAGCAUUUUUUCUUCCUUGAUGAUGGCUUUGUUCAAGAAGUUUCAAAAAGUGGCACAAAGAUGACUCAGAACAGUGAGCAUGAAGAAUGUUUCUUCUGUCUCGAUGAGACUCAUGUCUUGGAUACAUGCCCGUCUUGUCACUUUUUCACUCCAAAGGCCAGGCACAAAUGGGCUUGAGGCUUAAGACUGCUCUGUGGGAAAAGUCUUUAACUUCAAUGGAUAUUCCCUCCACUAAGUCUUCGAAGAGGACAUGUAUCCCUUGGCGUCUUCGGUCCCUAUGAUUCUGUCUGGGCACUCUUCUGAUGCUGCUUUACUGGGCACAAGGGCUGCCUCAAAGUCCUCAUUUAAAAGGCCAAAAAGAAGGUAAAAAUACCUCAGACCAAACCACUAGUUAGCCAACCUCAGGACUCAUAGCUGUUGCAUCCACAGCCAAAUUCCCCGGUUUGUCCAUGGGACAUCUCUUGAUGUCAAGGAUUGAUGCCAACAUGCCAGUCUGACUCUCUGGUUCAUCAGUCUGAUACUUUUUCUUGCCACGGAGAACCU